AUGGCCGAUGGCCAGGGCCAGCCGGCGCCGCCACGGCCGGUGGUGGUGGUGGCUAUGAAAGGCCACCCGGGGUCCGGCAAGUCCACGGCGGCGCGCGCCAUCGCGGCCGCGCUUCGCUGCCCGCUCCUGGACAAGGACGAUGUCAGGGACUGCACGCUGCCCCUAGAGGGCUUGGCUGCUGCCGGGAUGCUCAACGAGCUUUCCUACGCCGUGCUGUGGCGGAUGGCUGAGCGCCAGGUACGGCUCGGUCUGUCUGUCGUCAUCGACUCCCCGCUGUCGCGCCGCGCUCACCUCGACGCGCUGGCACGCCUGGCCGGUGCGCUUGUCGUCGUCGUGGAGUGCCGCCCUGGUGAUAACGAGGAGUGGCGCCGGAGGCUGGAGAACCGUGGGGCGGCUGUUGCCAAUGGUGGCGGCAGUGAUGGAUGGCAUAAGCCGAAGACGUGGGCUGAGCUGGAGAGGCUUCUGGAAGGGUACCAAGGUUGCACAGACUAUGAAAUUGGGGAUGUGCCGAGGAUUGUGGUGGAUACAACUGAUCCGGCGGUUGAUGCGCAGGUGAUAGCUGAAAAGGUUGUGGUUUUCGUUAGAGGUUUUGUUCCUCUCCUCUCUCUAGUACAUCUGUCACAUUCCAAUGAAAUGGAAUAUGACUUUUCAGCAUCCAUGUUUAGGAGGAAAAGGGGUUCAAGCAAGUGUGCUACCAAGAUAAGGGUGCCUGUUAUUCUGCGGGAGCUGGAGCCAUCCUCAGAGAUGUUCAAGCAAGGAGCGUCCCUUCGAGUCACAGGAAGUCUUCAGUCAUUCGAUGUGGACUCUGCAACUGCCGUCAUUCAGGACGGCAGCGUGAGUUUGAAGGUUGACACCCAACAUCUGAGGGACAUCAGUUUCCGCACGAAUUCGGCAUACCAGUUCAUUGGCGAACUUCAGAUCCGUGAAGAUAAUGAUGCGAUUCUACUAGCGCGCAUUGGAAGGAACGUCGAUGGCCUCGACCUGAACCUUUACCAGCAGGCUCUACUCAACCGGCGGCAACACGAAGCAAAGCUAUUGAGCUCCAGGACCAGGAGAGCAUGA